AUGGAGUCCCAGUCGUAUCUUCCCGUUCAACCCGGUGUGUGCAUGGAAGAAAACUUCUUUUCCUUGGACGAUAUUUUGCUGUCACACGAGCGACUUCCCAUCCGCACAGAAGUAACUUUUCCUCGGCUUGGAUUUCUCGAGAAGUCGGGUGACUCGCCGGAUAUUUCAAUGGGUACAAAAAUGGAGUUUCCCUUGUGGCUCUCCAAAGGUUUGUAUGAGCAGAACAAAAGGUUGCUGUCAGUCGAGCUACCUAAGGUUUAUAGAGAAGGCUGGAGGACUGUGUUUAAUGCAGACCCCAAUGUGGUGGAUUUGCAUAAACUGGGGCCUUACUAUUAUGGCCUUGGAUCCCAGAUGCUGCACUUUGACAGUCCGGAGAAUCCAGAUAUAGCACAGACGUUGCUGCAGACAUUCAUCAAGCGUUUCCGACGGACUAUGGACUCCUCCCAGAAUGCCUACAAUGAGGAUACUUCAGCGUUAGUGGAGCGUCUGGACUGUCUGGAGAAAGCACUGUUCAUAUCAGGGCAGUGUGGCCUCAAUAGUUUCCAGGGCUGGGAGAAAGGACAGGCCUCCCAGCUCUCUGCCUCAAGUUUGGUGCUCAACUACCGGAAGAGGAAGAUAACAGACGUCCAAUCGUGA